GACCGAACCGAGCCCGGAUUGGAUCUCACGGUGACCCGUUUCCUGGACUUUGUAGGAAUUUGAUCCGGGAUUUGGGAGUUCUCCGCCGACGUGUCUGGAGGUUUCGAUGCCCGACAUGAAGCACCUGUUUCGAGGUGGUUGAGGGAAACUCCGGAGCGGACAGAGCCAUUUUGAUUCAAGGCUUGUGGACUGGGUCAUGCUGAUGGACCAGGACACUCAGUGGCUGUACCAGCUCCUGGCUGAGGUCCAGUUGGAGAAGUUCUACAUACGCAUCCGAGAUGGCCUCAACAUUACCCGCAUUGAUCACUUCCAUUACGUCAAGGAGUCGGACCUGGAGCAGAUAGGAAUCAGCAAGCCUGCACAAAGAAGAUUAUGGGAGGCGCUGAAACGAUACAAGAUACAAUCACGCCCGAGGUCGUCGUGGCCGAGCAAGAUGUUCCGCGGUUCAGAUGCAGGGGAUCCGUUGACCGGAGUGGCCCAGGUUCAGGGCUCUGAGACCACCAUCAGUCGGACUCUGCCUUCUCUGAUCCAGGACAGCGAGCUGAUUCUGGGGGAGAAGCUGGGCUCGGGGUCCUUUGGGGUGGUGAAGAGGGGGGAGUGGCAUACGCCCACAGGGAAAGUGCUUCCAGUGGCAGUAAAAUCUCUGAGAAGCAGUAUGUCCAGACAAACAGAAACGCUGACAGACUUCCUCCAGGAAGUCACCACCAUGCAGUCCUUAGACCACCCCAACAUCAUACGACUCUACGGCGUGGUGCUCACACAGCCCCUCAAGAUGGUAACAGAGCUGGCUCCCCAUGGCUCGUUAUACGACACGCUGCGAGCGCGGCAGUUCGAGUACCCGUUGCUCCGCCUCUGGGUCUUUGCUACCCAGAUCGCAGCAGGGAUGGACUACCUGGAAACCCGUAGGUUUAUCCACAGGGACUUGGCAGCGAGGAAUGUGCUGCUGUCCUCCAGGGAGAUGGUGAAGAUUGGGGAUUUUGGUCUGAUGCGAGGCCUGGCUCAAGAGAAGGACCAUUACAUCAUGGGAGCGCACAGGAGGAUCCCGUUCGCAUGGUGCGCCCCGGAAAGCCUCCGUAUCGGCUCCUUCUCCCACGCCUCGGACGUCUGGAUGUUUGGUGUCACCCUGUGGGAGAUGUUCACCUACUGCGAGGAACCGUGGUUCGGUCUGUCUGGUCGACAGAUUUUGUGGCGUGUGGAGCGAGAGGGAGAGCGGCUGGAGAAACCGCCAGAUUGCCCUCAAGAGAUGUAUGGCAUCAUGAGGAAGUGCUGGGCCGUCACACCUGCGGAGAGGCCCAGCUUCACCCAGCUCACAGUCAUGGUGGCAGAGGCUAAACCGGUGGAAGUCCAAGCCACAAGAGACUUCGCAGAGCUCAGAAAACUCCCGCUCGCAGCCAACGACAUCGUGACCGUCGUAGACCAUGGUUUGGAGCUGAGCGAGUGGCGUGGUCAGAACCAGAGGACGCUGGCCGUCGGCUUGUUCCCCGCCUGCCUCACCAUUCCUGCUGCCCCCACCGCCACCCCCAGCAGCGCUGGGCCCAAUCCCGCCGCCAGCGUCCCCCACAUCUCGACCCCGAUGAAGGGCAGCCUGCAGCACACGGGGCACGGAGACGUCCACCCCGACCGCACCUGGGGGACACCUGAGAGGCUGGACGAAAACAGCUGGAGGACGGCACCUAGCAGGGAGAGGGAGGGAACCAAUCUGCAGAAAAUGGCAGGUUUGUCUCAGAGCCUGGAGUCGGUCUUAGGUGGAUCUCGACCCCGACCUCAAAUGGUCGUGGGUUUCCGAAUGGAUCAGCAAGGCAGACUCUUGCUUCCUGGGAUGGCGGCUCACAGCGGGCUGAUUCAGCAGGACCCUCGGCGCUUCAGCGAGGCCGGCCUCGCUCCCCCUCCUCGGCCUCCGCCCCUCAACGUCAAACGCCUGAACUUGAAAGCCCAAAGGAAACCCCUAGUCCUGCCGACCUCAGGCCCCACAUGGUCUCCUCAAAUAGUCUUAUCCCCUCAAGGACAGACACAACCUCAGCAUCAGUUCUUACCUCCUCAAGGCGCCUUCGGGUCCAACCUGGUUAAAAUGUCCCAAAUGGCUCGUUCUACGCCACAGCUGGACGACGACACCAAGGACAGGGAUCGAGAGCGGACAAGGGAGCGGGAGAAAACUUACUACGCCCAAAACGCCAAGGAGAGCUUCGUUGCACAGGUGAUGGAGGCCGUACACGGAGUGACCACCGAGGAGGUCCAAAGUGCACUUCAGCGUAACGAGUGGAACCCGGUGCGGGCCGAGCAACAACUCAAGGUGGAGCAACUGUACUUACUGAGCCUCUGCUCCAAAGAGGACUGCUUCAAGAUCCUCUCCAGGCACCAGUGGGACCUGCAGCAGGCCAGCCGCUACCUGAUCCGAAUGACCCGAGAAGAAAGAGCCGGCCCCAGCGAAAGACCUCAAAUUAGCGCAGAGAGACGAGUCUGAGGAGAUUUUUUUUUUUUUUUUUUUUUUUUAAAGCUAGGUUUGCUCUUUUCCAAUGCGGGAUGCUCAACGGUUUUUAAGCAACAUCCCACCUUGCAGUGACGCAGCCCAACACCUGGAGCCUUCUAAUGCAACCUCUUCCAUAGGAGAGCCGUUUAAAUAC